ACCCGCUGAUUCAACCCGCGAGUUCUCUCUCUCUCUCUCUCUCUCUCUAAUCCGGUUUCUCUCUCCUCUGCCAUUUUUGGAGGUAGGAAAAGAAAGGAGAGUCACAGUCGAGAAGUCGAGUCGAGUUGUAGGCUCUCCUUCAUAGCUCCUGUUGGCGUUGGCUUUGGAUUUGGCUUUGGCUUUGGCGUGGUCUCUCUCAAAUUCCUCGUGAUUUCCUUUACCUACUGUUCCUUUCCCCCCCCCCCUCUUUCCUCUUUCGCUUAAACCCUUUCUUUUUUCUUUCACUCUUUUUUUCAUCCAAUCCUUCGCUCUCUCCGUUUCCAUUUUCGAAUUCUGUCAUCCGCAGCUCCGACUUGGCGGUUUUAGAUGCUCCGGUUAUCCUGACGUUACGGAAGGGAAGCUCUGCCAUUUGGCUGUUUUUGUUUCAUUGGUUCGCUGCAAAUUUCGGCGUGUCUUUGUAUUAAAUUGGAUCUGAGGUGUGAUUCCUGCAUCAGGAUAAUCAAUGGUUGGCUGACAUGAACUGGAAUCCUGUCAGAAAUUUGAUGUUUCAUUUCCAAGUUCUUGGGAGAAAUUUGGUGGUGGGUUCAACUCAGCAAAUGAGUUUGCUUGAAGACAGCUUCAGAGGACAUUGGCACAGCGUUUGAUAUCGACAUUGUACCUUAUAAAUGGGCUUGCAGUCCUAGCCAAAGCCACAUCUUUUCUCUCCCUCUCUAUUGUUAUACCUCAGAAGAUGACUACGUUAGCCAGUACUUCUGAAAUUGUUGAAUCAACAGAAGAAAUUGAUGCCGAGAAAGCUGGUACGAGUUACAUGCUAGAUGUUGGAAAAAGGUUUUCUAUAGAGGAUGACAUUAACCAUCUGUUUCAGGCAAUUGAUAUCAGAACCUUACGUAAGAGGGCUGGGCAGCAACGUGAAGUUGAUAAAGAUGCCUUGCGAAAGAGUGCGAUGAAAAGACCGGUUAGAGUAGGUUCAUCUCACAUGGCAGGGAUAGGAAUUUCUGAACCUGCAAGUUUGAAGCAGGCUUUGAGAGGCUUAUGCAUAUCUCAGGCUGCAGAAAUGGCUGCUUCAAAGAGGUUAACAAGGUUGGUAGGUUCACCCAGAAUCUCUGAAGCAGGAACUAUCAAGAGAUUGUAUAGGGCUGUGGUGGUUGAGGCCAAUGGAUCUGGUGUUCCUGUAAAUGAAAGCAGAGCAAAUUUGGUAGAAAUUUCCAUUGUUUCAGAAAGAAUCAUGUCAACUUCUCAAAAUAAGAUGCCUGAGUCGUUACAUAAAACUCAGACAGAUAUAUCAAACCAAGGAGCCGAGUCUUCUUCUUUCAAGGAUACUGGGGUAUCAGAAGAGGCGAGUGUGGAUAGAGUGAUGUCGAAGGAUCUUGUAGUUAAUAUGGCUACUGAGGCGACGAGUUUAAAGGCACCUGGUGAAGUGGAAAAUCUUAAAUCUCCUUCCCUUACUCCUACUGGUGAGAAGGAUCUGGCUAUUUCCUCAACUGAAGAUUUGACAAAAGAUUCAGUACCGAAGAAGGAGGAGAGAGGUACAAUGCGUUGUUUAUCUUCUCUAUCAAGCUCGGGAUCUGUUGUCAAGCUGAACAAAUCAGCUUUCAAUAAUACACGUUUCAUCAAACCUAUUUUCAGGUCCAAGAGUUUUGUCAAGAAGAAAGCAAAACUUGAGCCAAAUUCCUCCCCUAGCGUUUUCGAUGGGUGCACAGAAAAGCUCGACACUGAUUUGGGUCCCAUAGCAGAAAAAUCUGAGAACCAAAUGCCAGAAAAUGCACAGCAUCAUGAGAGUAAAGAAGAAGAUAAAGGUUAUUCUGUCUCUAGUAGCAUAACAUUAGGUACUGAAGUAAAUGGAAAUGUAGUAAGCACAGAAUCUAGUAGACCUGGUACAUCUCUCAACUGCUGUAACAGGAACAGACCAACUAUUAUGCCAUUCGAUGAGAGAUCCAGAUCGAGAGAAAAAGGGAUGUUCUCUCAGAGCUCUAAAAGUAGUAUUGGCGAAUGUAGUAGUAGCCCAAGCAUCAGUGGGGAAAGCAUUCUUAGUGGAUCGAGUCGUAGUGGAGUUAGGCCUCACAUGUCAAAGGAUUUGAAAUGGGAAGCAAUCCUCCACCUUCAGGAUCAACAUAAAUUCCUAGGUCUGAGAAAUUUCAAGCUGCUAAGGAGACUUGGUCUCGGGGACAUUGGGACCGUGUAUCUUUCUGAGCUGUGCGGUUCAAGCUGUCUAUUUGCUAUUAAAGUGAUGGACAAGGAGUUCUUGGCAAGCAGGAAAAAAAUACUUCGGGCACAAACUGAGAGAGAGAUACUGCAAAUGCUCGACCAUCCAUUUCUUCCUACAUUAUAUGCCCAUUUUGAGACGGAUAAGCACUCAUGCUUGGUCAUGGACUACUGUCCUGGUGGAGAUCUCCAUGUGCUGCGACAGAAGCAACCAUGCAAGAGUUUCUCUGAGCGUGCAGUCAGGUUCUAUGUUGCCGAAGUUCUUCUUGCCCUGGAGUACUUACAUAUGCUAGGAGUUGUUUACCGUGACCUGAAACCCGAGAAUGUUCUGGUUCGAGAAGAUGGGCACAUCAUGCUCACGGAUUUUGAUUUGUCUCUUAGAUGUUCUUUUAACCCAACGUUGCUUCAAUCAUCAUCUCCAGUUGUGGAAUCCACUAAGAGGACUCUGAAUCCCUGUGAUGAAUCUAGUUGCAUUGACCCUUUCUGCCUCCAUCCAUCCUGGCAGGUCUCAUGCUUCACUCCCAAAGUUGUAUCUGCUCCAUACAAAUCCCGGAGAACGAAAACAGAUCAUAACGCUGGUCUAUUACCGCAGCUUAUUGUCGAACCAACUGGUGCGCGGUCCAAUUCAUUUGUAGGAACCCACGAAUACCUUGCUCCUGAGAUUGUCAAGGGUGAUAGCCAUGGGAGUGCUGUUGAUUGGUGGACUUACGGGAUUUUCCUGUUUGAGCUUCUAUAUGGUAAGACUCCCUUCAAAGGUUCAGGAAAUGAGGACACAUUAGCGAACAUAGUAUCCCAACCUCUCAAGUUCCCCGAUUGCCCUAUAGUUAGUUUUCAUGCAAGAGACCUGAUUAGAUGUCUGCUGGCAAAGGAACCCGAAAACCGAUUAGGCUCAACAAAAGGGGCUAUCGAGAUUAAGCAGCAUCCAUUUUUUGAAGGCCUCAACUGGGCUCUGAUACGUUGUGCAGCUCCCCCCGAGCUUCCUAAGUUUUUCGACGGUGGAACUGGUGCAAUGCCAAUGGAUUCUGGGGAGAGUACAAAGCGUAGAGAUCUCGAGAAUAUGGAAGCAGAUGCAGCAAUCUUUGACCUGUUUUAGCUUAUACUUCCUGACCAGGGGACGAAGAUGUUUUCGUUUUCGAAGCCCUAUCCUUGUCGUAUCUUAUAAUGUAAAUGUGUACGUGAAAGGAUAACUAUAUGUUGUAAAGCGUGAUACAUGAAUAGAUGAAUUUACAGCAGCGUGUCUAAAGGAAAAAACAAUGUCUUUUACUUCCCUCCCAAAGGAUUGACAACAUAUGUAUGAAUUUAUCCUCAAUAGAUUAUAUACAAAUUUAUCUAAAGCA